AUGACCGGGGCAUCAAGUACGUCCACCCCGUCCCCGGCGCUGCCUGCCGCCGCCGUCCUGUCCACUGACCACCCCCCGAACAGCACCUUCUCCCCGGAGGGCCGUCUCUUCCAAGUCGAAUACUCCCUCGAGGCCAUCAAGCUCGGCAGCACGGCCAUCGGCGUGGCCACCUCGGAGGGCGUCGUCCUGGGCGUCGAGAAGCGCGUGACGUCGACCCUGCUCGAGACGUCGUCGGUCGAGAAGAUUGUCGAGAUCGACCGCCACAUCGGCUGCGCCAUGUCGGGCCUGCAGGCCGACGCCCGCUCCAUGGUCGAGCACGCCCGCGUCGAGUCCCAGAGCCACGCCUUCAACUACAACGAGCCCCUGCGCGUCGAGAGCUGCACCCAGGCCAUCUGCGACCUGGCCCUGCGCUUCGGCGAGAGCGCCGACGGCGAGGAGAGCAUCAUGAGCCGCCCCUUCGGCGUCGCCCUGCUCAUCGCCGGCUACGACGAGGACGGCCCCUCGCUGUACCACGCCGAGCCCAGCGGCACCUUUUACCGCUACGACGCCAAGGCCAUUGGAAGCGGAAGCGAGGGUGCCCAGGCCGAGCUGCAGAACGAGUACCACAAGUCCCUCACCAUCACAGACGCCGAGACCCUGGUUCUCAAGACGCUGAAGCAGGUGAUGGAGGAGAAGCUGGACUCCAAGAACGUGCAGCUGGCGAGUGUCACCAAGGAGAAGGGUUUCAGAAUAUACACGGACGAGGAGAUGGCUGCCGUUGUCGAGAGGCUACCUGCAAAUUAG